CAGCAGACAGACAGCAGGCGCAGGCCGCAGGCAGCUUGCCGUCUUCUUUUAUCUCGUCCUCCAUUGGAAACCAGCUGAUUUGGGUUGACAAUAAUAAAAUGUUCCGGUUUUUGGCUUAUUUUUUGGCCGCAAAAGUGUGUAAAAUUUGUAAAGUGUGCGUGGGAAACCAAUGAAACCGUUCUGCGGCGAGCAGAGAUGAUGGAACAGGAAAAAUGGUCGGCCGAUUACCAACAAUCUGUGUCGACUUCGACAGGGACAGGUAUAGAGGAAGGAACCAGUAGCAGCACCAACAAAAGCCAACACACAAAAAUUAUUCCGAGGACGGAUAAUAGCGAAGUUCUAAAUUCUCAAAUUAAAGAAGAUCCAGAUGCAAAAUCCAUUUUUCCGCUGCCGCAAAUCAAGAACGAAUAUUACCCAAGCACUGCCGUAAUUAGCGAAAAAUCCCGGCAAACAAUUCAACUAAUCUUGGCCCAAAUUAAAUCUCUCUCACAGAACGACAAGUACCUGCUGUACCUAAAACUGCCUUCGGAAAUUACGGACAUUAUCGAUCCAUUUAGGCAACCCUUAAAUCCUUUAGGGAGUCGCUCCGAAAUUUCUCGAACUAUUGUAUGGAUUCAAACGCAUUUAGAGGAGGACCAAAAUAUAUCUUUGCCUAAAAAGGAAGUUUACAAUGAAUAUGAACAGUACUGUGACAAAAAUCACAUCAAACCCCUAUCCCAGGCGGAUUUUGGAAAAGUAAUGAAACAAGUAUUUCCAAAAGUCAGGGCGAGAAGACUGGGCCAGAGAGGAAAUUCCAAAUACUGUUAUUCGGGACUGAGGCGACGAGUCAAACUUAAAACACCUAUUUUACCGGAUCUAAAUGACAAACCAUUGUCGACUGAAGCUACAAUUACACCCACAAGUGUCACAUACGCAGCUUGGUUAAUUAUCAAAGACUGGGCGCAUCAACAGCUAGGGGUUCAGUUUACUUCGUUCGAGGCGUUGGCGCAUUAUUUGGUUAGAAACUGCUCUGUUGGAUCCGGUUCUGAGGCUGCUAGCAAACUCACUUUGAAUGUGGAGACACAGGCGAAAAGUGAAGAAAGUCCAAGUAAAAGUCUCCAUAAGCAUCGAGAAAUGCAGCUGCAGCUACAGAAAAAAAUACAGCAAAGAAGUGAGGGCAAAGAGCGAAAAAGGAAAAUUCAGACUUGUAAACUGGAACUUAAACCUGGUACCAAAAAGUGUCGAUCACAUAGCGUGCCCGCUUCAACGAACCCCACUCCAACACUGCUAGAAUCUACAAUAGGCACCCUGACAAGCGGCGAAUGUAGCACUGGAAGUAGCAGUUGUGGCAGCAACAGCGUCAGUCCGACUCAGGGCAAAGCAACUAUCUGUGAUAAACCAGAGUUCACUCAGCUAGCGUUACCUGAUUUCAAGAGUUUUCAGAAACCGGUCUUGGUUGACGGGGGACCAGGAGUCACGGAUACUAGGCAAGACAAGGCAGCUUCACCACCUACGAACAGCACCAAGGUAACUGUUUUGAAACAGCAGCAGCAGCAGGCGUCCCCCAAGCUCUCAGUUUCUGUUAAAUUACGGAACCAGCAUAAACUCAAGUACAAAACGGUCCAGCCCAGACUGAUGCAACUAUGUGAUAUUGCAACGUACAACGUGCCAGCGGAAUCUGUCAACGCGCAAGCGAUGGCACCAGCGUUGACCGACACCCGAUCUCAGCUCGUGCAGAAUGUACAAGAGAAUAAUGUUAAUGAUAAGAUACCUGAUGACAAUUUGAAUGAAUGUGCGGAAGACGAGGAUUUUCCACUUACUAGAGAAAGACUUGACAGUGUGAGCAAUGUUGAAAAAGAUGCUAUGGAUGAAUAUCUGGGAACAAACAACAGUCAACACGAGGAAGAACUAUCAAAAUAUUUUAAUGCCAAUGGAGAAGCAGUGACCCCUCCUACAAUAAUAGAUGUGGAUCAGACCAACAAGCUGUCAACAUUGAGGCAACUUUUAGAGCAAAAUGGCAUAUCCGAGAAGAAACAAAUUAUUCCACCAAUCAAUAACAUCACUUUACCUGAAACAAUUGCUUCUCCCUUUCCCAAUAAUAAUUCCAUGCCUCAGCAGCAAAUGCCUUCUCCAUCACCUUGUAUUCCUUAUAAUCAUGUACUAUCUAGUUUAACUAGUAGCACUAGGAGGCGCGUAAGUUUUGGCGAUUCGGUUCCACCAAGUCCGACCACUAGAAGUAAAAACUUUAAUUUCACUCCAAUUUCACCUGGACCACAAUCGCCGAGCGGUGUACAGUCCAAGUGCUCUAGUACGAAUGCAAGUCCAUUUGUAAGUCCUAGAAACACGCCUAUUUCUCGCUCUAAAAAUUCUACACACCAAAAUGCUGGCAUUUUGGUAACAAAACACGGUAAAAUUAAAAACGAAUUAGAAUUGUCCCUAGAAAUUUCUCCUGAAAUAAAACAUUAUAAUAUGCCUAUGUCUGCACCUGUAAGUCCAAUGUUGAAUAAUGUAAGUCCAAUGUUAAAUAAUAACAAUAAGAGUAUGCUUCAGAAAUUAUUGAAUGCCGACAGUAAGGUUCAAUAUACUCCUGAAUAUGUCACUAAUAAUAUUCCAGAUUCCACUCCCCUACAACAGUUUUUUCCUCCAGAUUUAUCAUCUAGAUCCCAGUCAGUUCCGUUAAAUGAAAUGCACGCACAAAUCAUGCAGGAAAUUAUAAAAAAAGAUACCAAUAUUGUUUCUCAAGAUUUAAAUUCUCUUGAGAAUAAUAAUAUUAACGCUUUCAGUUUAGAUAUGUCUACUAAUAAUCAAUGUUUAACAGAAUAUGGUUUGAAUUUCAUAAAUACUUGUUCGGAGACUAGUUUCACUCCGUACACUUCUCCAACUCAAAAACCACCAAGAAAUAUUACCCGUUCCCAAAGCAUAGAUGUUAAUUUUGACAUAUCCAAAUGUAAUAAUCCUUCUAGAUCUGUUCCCAGUACUCCGUUGCCUUUUACGCAAAAUUUAAAAAUCAAUUUGUUAGAUCAUCAACAGAACAGUUCUCGAUCGUAUCCCUCCACUCCUCUAAAUUCAAACGAAACUUUCAUAUAUCAAGUGAAUUCGGAUUGCUUGAUAAACGGACACCCUCUUAGAACAGAAUCGAAUAACGAAUUUAUUGCUAAUUAUAAUGAAACAACAACUGUUAAUCAGCUAGAUAAUGAUUUUGCUAUUGAAAAUGGUGAGACUCUGAUGGAGGACAGUGACCUUUUAAUACAGCAGGGUUAUACUGAUAAUAUUGAUCAAUAACUCUUUGGGUUUUUAUAAUUUUUAUUCAUAGUUUUUUUUUUUUCAUCAAUGUCUAGGGCUAAAAUUAUCUAAAAAAUUUGCAACGAAAAAAUUCUGUCAAAAAAGUUAACAGAAAAAAUUCUACUUUUCUAAUCUAUCCGCUUGUUUGCUGUGUCUUCAACUUCAAAGUUACUGUAAAUUUUCUAACCAUCUUGGCGAUUUGUUCUGGUUGUUCCAUUGAUCAUUUGAUUGCUGCAUGAUUUGUUCUACUUUCUGUAUAAAGACUUACGGAACUGAUCAACUAUUACCUUACACUUUUUUUUAUCCCGUUGAAAAUAGCUUUUAAGUGUUUUGAAGUGAAUACAGAACACUAAGGUCUGAUUUAUUCAGCUUCUGAUAAACUAUGAGGUAUGCAAUCUGACGGAUAAAAAGCAAUGAAGUAGUAAGAAGGCUGGAAUAGGCCUUUGCCUAUCUACUCAAUACAUAUAUUUGUGGCCAACAUUAAAGUGAGAGAUCUAUGAGAUUUUCUUGCCCUUACUAGCGCCAUCUCAUUCUGGAAUCAAUUCAAUGACGCAAAACUCAUUCCAAAGCUUCUUUCUACUUCAUUGAUAAAAACGCAAUCUGUAAUCGCAUUGGUCGGCUAGUUUAGUUAACUGCAAACCAAUAGAAUUAUAGAACGAUAAAUUUAUCUUCCAGAUAGUUACCAGCAAGUUUACCUAAAUAUGAAUAAACCAACCCUAAAAAAAAUCUAUGAAUAUCUUUGUUCAAAGUUGGCGUUUUCUGUCUAAAUUCAACAAAUUUUACAAGAGUUAUCUGUGAUAAAUUUAUAUUUGGAAUAUUAAGCUUUAUUUGUUUUAAUUUGUCCUUUUUCUAAAGUUGGAUGUAAAGUCCUGAAUGUGAAAUUUUAUCUAGAAAUUACUUAUUUAUUCGAUCAUUUUUUUUAUGACCAAAAAGAAAUAUUUUAUUAAAUUGUUGUUAAAUUGUUCUCAUUAUAUUUUAAUGUGUGUUUGAAGCAAUGACAUAUUAACAUAGAUAGACAUUACAGUAAACAAAAUUUUAUGUCGCCAACAUCUAAGAGAGCAAGUGUAUCCCCUCAAAUUUGAUUGCCAAAUUAUCAUGAAUGGAUAUUUUAUCCUGUUAUGACUUUGCUUCAAAAAGUUGGAGGUUCAAGACUAAAAACGACUACUGGCAAUGCCGAUUUUGUAAGAUAGGAGGGUUCAGGAAGAGAGCGGGUGUUGUUUCCACCACUGAUGAAUCCCUACUAUGACCUCCCUUGAGCAACUAACCUCUCCUGGCCCAUUGGGGGUCUCAUCAUCACAACAAACAUCCGUUUAUGAAUGAGAUAUCGUGUCUAUCUAUGUUAAGAUGUCAUUGGUUUGGAGUAAUUGUUCUAAAAUUGAUGAAAUUUUUAAUAAUAUUAGGUUUUAAUUUUAAAUUAUUUUCAUCUAGGAGAAUUUUUUUGUUUGUAUUGUAAAUAUGGAAAGCACGUUCUCUUCUUUUUGUCUUUCAUUAAUUUAUUUUUCAAUGUCUAUGAUUUGGAAUGGGAUUGUAGAUUUGUAUUUGUUGAAAAUUGUAGAUUCAAAAGAUAAAGGCUAUGUUCCGUAAUCAACUGAGUACUGGAUUUUACUGUGCUAAUUUUACUGUCAUUUGUCGUUCCGAUUUUAACAGCGUACUGUUUUGCUGUAGGAUUGUCGGUAAAAAUCGUCUCGUUUUCGAGUCAUGUAUCGAAUCGUGAUUCUAUAGAAUCCCCGUCCAGUAAAUAAUAAUGUCGUCACUAGCGCAUUUAAAACAUCAUUUAGUACUGACAGUUGAUAUUGGAACAUAGCCAAAAUGUAAUCACCAGAAUAACAAUUCUGCAACUUUUUUGAGCCACUUUAAAUGAAGUGCUGAACCAAUUUCGUCAAUCGCCAAUAAAUAUAAUGAAGUCUCAUGAAAACGGUUUGAAUCGGAAUUAAUACAAAUAUUUAUUUUGUCAUUUCACACUUCAGUUAUUUGGCUUUUAAAGAAGUAAUUGAGAAAUUACUCUACGUUAAUUUAAAGAGAAACCACUAGAAUGAUGCUUGUUGUUUGGUGCUUUGUGCAAUAUGUCAAUAAUGUUGAUAGACAUAAAGUAUCUGGCUAUCGGAAACUUGGUGUUGCGUUUGGGGUUUCUUAGGUGUCCACUGAGGACCUCUUCUUUUUUCCCCUUCUGCAGCAUUGAAGCCUGAGAAGGCUUAUUGUACUUACCCUGUGCGGUUUAUUCCAACCACUCCAGUAUUUUUGUGCCUUGUACGAGGUUGUACAGGUCUUUUACUGGGUGGUGUUUCAUUAUUGAUUUUGGUUCUAUAUUUGGUUGCCCGAAAAUGCUAUCUCUUCUGUGAUCCAGUGCCUCGCAGUUCACCAGGAUGUGUACUCUGACUGUCUCGGGUUCCUUAUUGCAAAGUCUACAAUUAAGGUCUCCGUCGUACAGGUUCAUCCUGUUCAGGUGGACCUUUACCAGUCAAGAGUCCCGUUAUGGUUCUCAGUCGGCUCCUGCGCCUUUGUAGCAGUUCCCUUUUGCUGCAUGGUUGGUCGAUGAAUUCCUUACCAUGAUUCUGCCUGAAAGUUGUCCAGUGUCGCUGAUAUUCUUUACGAAUCCAGUCUUUGAUGUGGCUUCAUACUUUUUAGUAUCUCUAGAGACAGUUCUGGCCCGAUAAGUUUUGUCUCUGACCCUUUCUUUACGAGUCCAUCAGCUUUUUCAUUGCCUUCGAAUUUUCUGUAUCUUGGCACCCAGAUAAGUUUCACCUUAUUCUGGUCCGCCAGGGCUCUGACUUCUUCCUGGUAUUCCCAUACUAGUCUUGAUGACACUGUCUGGCUCGAAAGGGCCUUCACUGCCGCCUAACUAUCAAUCAUUAUAAGGAUCUGCCUGUUAGCUGUAGCUCUCCUGUUGUUCUCCACUGCGCAUUGGAGUAUAGCGUAUACCUCUGCUUGAAAAACAGAGACAUGUCUUUCCAGUGCAUAGUGAUCGCUAUAGUUGGCGGAGUAUACCUCUGCUCCGGUACCAAACGCGGUCUUCGACUCGUCUAUGUACCAGGUCUGGUCUUGGUUUUUGGUUUCCGGUAUGCCAUGUUCUCAUUUAGUUCUACUUGGGAAGAUCACCUCGAAUGGUUUGUACAGGUAGUAUCAUUUUGGUAUGUAGUCAGGCCUCAUGUUGAAAAUCUCUCCUCCCACGAGUUCUAUGAUUGCCAUGUGUCCCGUCCUUUUGUUGGAGGCGGUUGUUGGCUGCAGUCUGUACGCUCCCAUCCUUGCCUCCCCCUGUAUCACUAUGUGUAGAGGUGGGAGGUCUAGGAGGGUCUUCAUGACUGCUGUUGGUGUGGAUCGCAUUGACCUCGUUAUUUCUGAGCAGGUCAGUUUUUGCACUUUGCUAAGUUGUCGUGUGGCACUUCCCUGCAGUGUCUUGGGCCACCACACCAGGGCUCGUAACCGGAGAACAGCGUUCUCUCAAGAGAACGAUUGCUCUGUCUUUAUCAGUAUUAUGGAAAUAACAAUAUAGGUGACUAAAACAGAGCAAUCGUUCUCUUGAGAAAACGCUGUUCGCCGGUGACGAGAAUACAGGCCCAGGAAGGCGUAUGUUAGGAUAGGUUUGACCAUCAUGUUGUAUGUCCAAUACAGCAUGUCCGGUCUUAAGCCCCAUAAUUUUCCUUGCAAGCGUCUGGUUAUCAUUAUGAUGUUACUAAUUUUUUGAUGGUGUUUUCCAGGAAAGUUUUGAGUCCAGUGUUACCGCCAAGUACUUGACCUCACUCGAAAUCUGUAUAUUUUUACCCCUUAAUCUAAGAGGUCUCAGGUCUUGGAUUUGUUGGGACUAAUGUUUAGCCUUUCUCUAUCCACCCAUCUUGUUGUUUCGGUCUAAAGCGUCUUGCAUUCGUUCCCGAAUUGUAGAGUUGAAUUUACCCGGCAAGAUGAUGACUAUGUCGAGGGCACGGUGUCCUCCGUCAGUAAGCACCUCAAUCAAGCUGUCCGCCACUGGAUUCCACAGAAGCGAGGAUAAUACCUCGCCCUGUGGGUAUCCCCUGUACACCCUGGCCGCUAGUGUCUCCUGUGCGAUGGUGGUUUCUAGUAUUCUUUCUCUUAGCAUGGAGUUGAUCUACACACAGCAGGUGAACUCAACUCCUUUGUGCUUGAGAGAUCUGAUGGUUAUUGAAUCAAAGGGAGUGUUGUCAAAAGCUUCCUCUAUAUCCAAGAAGGAACCCAGCAUCACCUCUUUAUUGUCCAGUGUAGUCUCCACUAUACUGACCAGCUGGUGAAGCACUGUUUCUGUUGACAUCUGUGUCCGAUACGCAUAUUGGUCAUGGUAUAGUGUCGGUUAGCCAAAACACCGUCCCUAAUGUGCCUAUUCACAAGUUUUUCCAGUGUCUUGAGCUCAAAUGAUGUAAGACUAAUGGGUCUUAGGGACUUCGCCGUGUCCUGUCCUAUUUUUUCCAGGUUUUGGUAUGAACGAUACCCUAAUGCGCCUCCCAAGGCCUUUGGUAUUUAGCCAAAGGCUAGGCUACUUCCUAGAAUGUUACAAAGUAUCCUGUUUGCAAAUUCAGUUCCGUUCUGUAACAUUAUGGGAUAGAUCCCAUCUGUCCCUGUUGAUUUAUAUGGGUCAAAGGUGUCUAUAGCCCAUUUGACUUUUUCAUAGUUGACUACUUUCUUCGAGGUCAGCCAGUCGUUCCUGGACUGGAUGUCCUCUGAGUCUGAUCAACUAUCUUUGAGUCGGAAAAGUGGAUUCUUAGGAGUUCCCUAGCCAUCUCUUUCCCCGUCUUGGAAAUUCAUCAAGGUUGUUCUUGAGUGAUUUGAUUGUUGUCUUCGGGCCCUUUGACAGAGUUCUUUGAAGUCCAGCACAAUCUUGAGUACUUUCUAUAUCCUCACAGUACUUCCUCCAAGACCUCCUUGGAUCCCCUCAGCUCUUUCUUGAACUUUCUCAACGUGGUUGAAGUCAGUUCUAGUAUUUUUUCCUUAAUUUUACAAGGCUCUCAUUCCAUCAGGGCACUUUCCUGGUGGAUGUCCCUGUUGUAAGUGGGCAAUUUUCAUUGGAGACUGAGAUAAUUGCAUCAUUGAAUUGAUCCACAAGCAUCUCCAAGUCUUCAGUGUUUUUUUUUUUUGAUGUUCGUCAGACUGUACUCCAAGACAGCUUUGUAUGCGUCCCAGUCGGUAUUUCGAGGUUCCGAUAAUUUACUGAAAUUGUUUCCCCUGAAAUUUCAAAUUUGCAGUAGGUUUCUUUCCUACAUUUACUAUAUCCAAAUUGUUUGCUAUAAUAUAUUGUAGUAAAGACUCACCUCUGUCGUUGAUGUUAGUACUGCCCCACAGAGCUGGG